GGCCAGGCGCCCCAAAAUUAUGCAUCUGGGCUAGCUGCUGUGACAAGUCGCGAACCCCGCCAGCAGCACGAUGCUGGACUACUACAAAAUCCUGGGCGUCCAGCAAACGGCCCCGCUGGAGGAGAUCAAGAAGGCGUACCGGCGGCUGUGCCUGCGCUGGCACCCGGACAAGAACCCGGACAACAAGGAGAGAGCCGAGCAGAACUUCCGCAGCGUGGUGCAGGCCUACCAGACGCUGUCGGACGAGAAGAAGCGCAGGGACUACGACUACCAGUGUGCCCUGUUGCGCGGCCGGGCUCGCCAUCCGCCACGGAGGCAGGCGGCCCCAAGCCCCUUCACGACGCUCGAGGAAAUCAUCAAGGGUAUCCACCGCAGGUCCUGGGAGACUGGUGCGGCGCCCCCGGACGGCUCUGGAGCGAGUGCGUCCUCCCAUACGUCCACGCCGUCGGCGUUCGCGGCCAGCAAGCCGUCCGGUACCCGGCGCCACGGCGGCUUCCACGCGGGCAUCCGGGUGGAGACCGGCGCGGACGGGUUCCGCAUGGUGCACCACUGUACACUGGGCCGCGGCGCGAUGCCGACGACCACGCGUGUGACGCACACCUCGUUCUCCGUGCACAAGCCGGCCUCAUCGGCGACGGCGGCCGUGGUCGGGCACCACCGGCCCGCCAUCCCCUCUAGCCGGCCCAGGCUGUACGAGGUACGCACAGUCAUCUGUGACGGCGUCCAGAGGGUGUGCUGCUAUGAGGACGGGGUCAGGGUGUCCACCGUCGCCCGCCCCGUGGCCCCCGUGCGUCAGGUGAGCGCCGCGUAG